CGGGCUGGCCGGGGCGCGGUCUGCAGCCGCCUUCCGUUGGGUGGUUUGCGGAGCUGGCGCGACCCCAGGCAGCAGCCGCCAUGGACGCCGCUGACCAGGCCUGGCGGGGCGGGGCCUGCGACCCUGAGGCGCACAGCCCCGGCCCGGAGCCCCCCGGGGACCAAGACCCGCUGCUCUACCACGAGGAGACCAUCGACCUGGGCGGGGACGGGCUGGAGGCCGAGGGGGACGAGCCGGUGUCCGCGGCCUCGGGGCCCGGCGCAGACCGGCUGAGCGAGCACCUGAUGGAGAGCGUCCUCAUCUCCGACUCCCCCAACAACAGCGAGGACGACGCGGGCGGCCCUGGCCAGGCGCGGGGCGGGGAGGCCCCGGAGCCCGCCCACAACAACGCGGCCGUGUGCCUGCUCUACCUGGGCCGGCUCAAGGACUCGCUGCGGCAGCUGGAGGCCCUGGUGCAGCGCGACCCGCGGCGCGGCCGGCACGAGAGCGUCCUCUUCAACCUGACCACCAUGUACGAGCUCGAGUCCUCGCGCAGCGCCCAGAAGAAGCAGGCGCUGCUGGGGGCCGUGGCCGCCACCGAGGGCGACAGCUUCAACACCCAGUGCCUCAAGCUGGCCUAG